AUGUCCAUCAAGCAACAAGAGCAAGAGAGCCUUGCCGAUUAUAUCAGGCGAUUCAAUGAGGAGUCGCUGAAGAUUUCAGAUCUUCAGGACGGGGUCGCAUUCACCGCCUUGAUGUCAGGACUCUGGCCGGGAAAGUUCAGAUGGUCCCUCGCUGAGAAUGAAGUCACCACCUUCACCGAGGCCAUGAGUCGGGCUCAAAAAUUCAUCGAAGCCUCGGACAUUUGUAAGCCUGUUGGGGAAAAGGCUAAGAAGAAGAAGGAAGAACUCCCUUACCAGGAACCAAACAAAAGCAUAAGGAACCACCAACAAUUGCUCCCGAGAGUGGUAGAUAAUGGGAAUGACCCACGUUUCAACAGAAACAGGCGGGAGAUCUACUUGGAUCUCAAGCACAAGUCGGUAUUACCCAUUCCCCCACCUAUCAGAACCUCCACAGAUAGGCGGGAUCAGAGACUAUGGUGUGAAUACCAUCGGGAGUGUGGUCACACCACGAAAGAUUGUCGGGAGUUAAAAAAGGCCUUGGAUCACUUGGCUGAUCAAGGAAAGUUAAAUAGAUACAUCAAGCAUCCCCGAGAGGAGAAGGGGAAGGAGAAAGAAGCAAGAAACGAUAGUGACAACACCGACGGGUAUGUUGGUGUCAUAGCGGGGGGUCAUGCCUCGAGAGGAUCAUCUGGCCGCGCCCGAAAGGCCCACCUUCAAGCAAUGACACAUCGGGUGUUGGAAGUAGAGCCCGUGAAGGCGGGGUGCCCAUUAAUGACAUUCGGGGAGCCUGACCGGCACUUACAUACCCCCAAUGAUGAUCCAUUGGUCAUCGAAAUGAAAAUAGCGAACUCCCGGGUGAAGAGGAUCCUUGUUGACAGUGGAUCCUCAGCCGACAUCAUCACACUGGAUUGCCUGCUCAAACUAAAGUACACCGAGAAGGAUGUUAUCCCUACCAACCAACCGUUGAUCGGUUUCGGAGGCGGGUCGGUCUACCCUCUCGGUCAUGUGAAGUUGGCGGUAAGACUCGGGGAGAGAGGAAAGGGUAGGAGUCUACCAGUAGAUUUCCUAGUUGUGGACACCCCACUGCCUUACAACGUCAUCAUGGGUAGGCCCACUAUGAACAAGAUAAAAGCUGCCAUCUCGGUAUAUCAAUUGCUGCUCCAAUAUGAGACCGACGAUGGACAAGUCGGGAAGAUAUAUGGUGAUCAGCAAACAGCCCGGGAGUGUUACAUCAACAGCUUCCGAAACAGGGCACCCGAGGAGAAGAAGGAAAAGAAGAGAAAGAGAGAAGAACCGAAAUAA